AUGCCGGCCCAUCUGCCCGCGUCCGUUGCGCGUCCUUGGCCGAGUCAAUUCGCUAUGCUACUCGCUCUGCAGUACCUGUCGCUUCGACAAUCAGAAUCGGCAAAAGAGGCUUCAACUCAAGCAAGAUCAGACUUCAACAUCAUUGCACCUUUGAAUCCGGACUCGGAUGAGGGAAAAGAGUACGACGAGAAGUUGUGGAUGUUCUUGCUGCGGGAGGCUCAUGGAAUUGAAGGCGAGUGGCCUUCCUUGACGGACUUUUGUAGCGCUUUGGACGCCGCGUGCCCGCUUGUCGUGCUCGCGAGUGAGCAGACAAAGAGGCAAACCUGCUCUUGCACCGAGUACAUCGUUAAACAGGUUCGUUUGGUUGGCGUGCGUGGGCGAUACGCCAGGCAAGUUACGAUACUCAGCCCUCAUUUCCGCCCUUCUAGUUCGAGUCAUUCGACACCGCACUUGGCUUGGCACGCUUCUUGGAUGGUGAGCGAGAUAUCGUAGCAGCGCUCUCUUCAGCGACAGCAAAGCGCUCAAGUGCCUCCGUUCAUCAGGUCUGGAAGCACUUGUGCAGCCGAGCGACGACUCCGGUGCUUCUUCCUCUUCCUCUGCAGAGCUCCUUACUCGACGCUCACGCUUUGGUAUUCUCGUGCGAAGGGCAAAGGUGCAAUGCAGUCGUUUGGACGACGAGGGUCUCUUGGCGUUGAAAAAGGAGCUCAAAAGCUGGCGAGAGGGGCAUUAUACCAGACCUUUGAGCGAUAGGGAGAUGGCAUGGGAGAGGUGGGUCAGUAUGCGCUAAUACGUCGACAAGACAGCAUUGACGAUACCGUUCUGCCGUGUGUGCCUUCUUGCCCUCAGAUACACACAGGCCCGCAAACGAGGAGACUACUCUGCGGCAUUCGAGGCACAUCACAGAUUCUUCGAUCUACAUCCGAGAGGAGCAGACAGGUGCGUUCUCCCAUCAUUGCAACCUUGCGCCAUGCAUCACUCGUACGAUCGUCUUUUUGCACGCUUCCUUGAUAGUCUACUGCAUCAGCAUGCCCUCUUGAACCUGGCGCACUUUCACUACGAUCACCGAGAAUGGCAAGAGGCCAGACAUGUGAGGACAGCGCACUCAAAUUAGAUACAAGGUUGGCGCUGACAUGAGCUGCGUGACAGUCGCUCGAUGGGGCAAUACACGUGGCGCGUUUGCUCUCCGAUUCUCAAUGCAUCACAGCCUGCGACUCGUAAGUCUUCCAAAAGGCCAUCCUCAAGUGACACUUCUCACCGAGGCUUUUGCACCUUGUUUGUAGGCUUUCUCGCCGACUAGAAGCGCAUGAGCCGGGAAGCUCUCGCAAGCCUCGACCGAAUGCAAGACCCCCGUUCGAAGCUGAUGAUAUUUGGGAAGCGGCUCGGGAUGUUCACAUGGUGCGUCAGCGGUGAAAGCUCUCGCUUACCUCGAGGCCUGUUUGCGAAUCGAUUGCUGAUGCCAACAGGCCAUUCCAUCGCAGGGAGCCCCACCAGCAGUCGUCUAUGGCCGCUUGAUGGACGCGGUGUGGGCGUCAAAUGCGCGGUCUCAAGUAGGCUCAACAAAGCUUCAGAGUACAGGUCCGGACUUGCCGCGCACCGAAAUUGCUUGUACCUCCACAUCUAUCGCUGCUAGCGUUGCAUCUCUCUGGUCCAUGAUGGGGCAUGAAUCAGUGGCGGAUGCCUGGAGAGGGGUAGCCUUGGAAGAGCAGGGGGACGUCGAGAUGCGCCUCGCUGCAGAGUGUGGCGAAGCCUGGAAGGUGUGUUCCUGUUCCUAGGUCCGACCCGAUUUGCCGCUCGAUGGGCUUACACGAGGCUCACUUUCAGCUGGCAGAGAAGGGCUCUUUCGAGAAUUCGUUGGAGGCGUUGUUUCGAGAUGACCUAGUGGAUGCGCUAGAAGCGCAUCUCCUGCCAAGAUGGACCUCUCAGAUCCUGCGCAUUAUGUGGCUCAGGGCAAGGCGCCGAGGCGAUCUUUUUGCUAUGCGCUUCUACACGCUAGCAGAUCCCAAUGUGGAAGCAGAUGUGGAUGGUGCGGACGAGGCGAACGGGAUUCGAUCUGCUAGGCGAGACGAGCAGACAGAGCCGAACGAGCCUGCCCAAUUCGACGAACCCUCGGCAGACUCCAAAAUGCUUAGCCAACUGAAGCAAGCUCGCACCCUCUUCGUAAGUCCUCCUUCUCACCUCAACGAGGCUUACUUCUCUGACCAAACAUAUGGCUUAUUUGUACCAAUUACAUGCGGUUUUGCGCUUUGCUACCAUAUAGGAAGCGGACGCUGCUGCGCACUCGCUCGAUCAGUGCUUGAACGUGCUCGUUGCGGCGCAGAAAAGUGGUCGUGCGCGGAUCUGGAGAGGCGCAAGAGUCUUGCUGGCAGAGUUACAAGCGGGUCCCCUACAACUGGGAGAGAGCGCUUGUCUUACGAUGGAGGAGAUUUUACCAGGGGUGAGAUGCGUGGACUAGACCCUGCUCUGGAGCCACUCAGCCACUCACUGAGUCUGGACCAUUUCACAGUGCCUUGCCGAUCAUGAUGCGGAGCGAAAGGCAGACGCAAUGUUUGCCUAUGCCAAGGCAAUCGUGGCCAAAGAUCGAGAUCAGGGUGAGCGAACGUGAGGAGAGGCUAGGACCCGAUGCGAAUGAUCCGAAUGCUUUCUCCGCCCGCACAGAAGGAUCGAAGCGGGAAGCCUUGCAAUGGUUUGAACGAGCUUCGCAGCGUAAGUAUUUCGAGACUCGAAAUAAUUGGGGAAUCGGGGCUCCGAGUCCGCUGAACCUUUAUUUCCGCGAAUCUGCCCCUCCCAGAGUACGCCAUUGCGGGCGCAAAUGUCUCGCAGAGCAAAGCCCUCUAUUAUUCAGGUAGACUGCUGUUAGAGCUGGGCGAGGAGGAACGAGCUGCUUUGUGCGCCGAACGACUGCACGAGGUCGAAUUGACCCUCCAGCACUUGGAGCAGGCGAGCACUCUAGACGAGCUCGAUCGCGAUGUCUUUGAGACGAUGCAGGCUGUGCAAGCUAGGAUCGCUGUUGGCAAUGCCGAUGACCUCUGA